AUCUGUGGAAAAAAGGAUAGGACAUAACAAUAGCAUCAUCCAGUUUCGGUGUACAUUGAUCCAGGGUGCGUCAUAGGAAACGAACACGAACAUGGCGCCCCUUUAUAUAACAUAAUGUACACGACACAUGGAAUGGCCAAUAUAUUUUUUUGUUUGCUGGAUUACGAAGAAGAUUGUACAAUAAAAUGGAGUGGUAGGGGGGCAAAGGCGCGCUGUCUCCAUCAUAGGGAGGCGCGUCCACCUGCUGAUACAGGGAGUCCGGGCUUGGGAAAAACAUGGUGAGGUCGCACUCGCUGCAUUGAGGAGAAGAUACAGUUUCCAUCUGUCAAAUAAAUAACUGUAAAUGGGAUGAUGACGACGGGAAAAGCGCAGCCCGUGUGAAAAGAGAGGUUGGAUAGUGGCAAAAGUGUAAGGGACAACUAGAACCAAGCUAAAUUGAUGGAUGUUUUUCAAGAACCCAACUUUUCUGUGCUGGCUCCAAACCUGGAACAGAUCAACAAAGAGGAUGAGAAUGAAUCGCACAUCCAGGACAGUAAUCUGCAGCCAGACAGCACCGCCAUCUCACCUACAGCCAAUCAACCAAAAGGAGGCCAUGAGAGUGAGAGGACCUCACUGAACCCAUCCUCACCCCUCAGCCCAACAGAGACCUCUGAGCCCAGCAUCACCACCACUACCACUGAUGACUCCUCUUCUAUCCAUGCCAUCUCCCACACCUCCUCUUGCACAACAAAAGAGGUGAGUCCCUGGGCUCUUCCAGAGGACUGUAGUAACAAAGCAGCUUUCACAAUAAUGGAGGUAGGGAGUGUAUCAGCCCUGUCUGGAGGGGACUGCCUCAUGCCACAAAGCCGCACAUGCCUGGGCUGUUUCAUCGAGACCAAGGACGCUACAGAGCCUGAGCCAGGGCUGGACCUGGGCCGGGACUAUGACCCCUGUCCUGUCUCCUGUCCUGACAUGGCCAUGCAGUGCAUGAGUUCUGGGGAUGGUAUCCGCUACGGGGAUCAGCUGCUCUCAGACCAGCUCCUCAGCUACCCAGAGCACAAGAUCAGGGCAGAGGAGAAGACAGAUGAUGAGAAGUCAGCGGAGGACAGCGACUCGGAGGACGCCACGUCAAAGAGUAUCUACGAAGGCCUGCUCCUGGACAAGUGCAAUGGUGAGGAGGCUCUACUGGCCAAUUCCAGCCAGGACUGGGGCUGCUUUGAGUCCUUUAUCAGCGAAAGUAAGAUCGAGCUGCUGGACCUCUGCUCUAAGAAUGAGCUCUCUGUCAACCUCUUCUCAGAAGAGGACGUAGACAACUACAUGUUUGAUGAUGAGGACGAGGACUCCACCCUGGGCAGUGACGUGUGCUCGCUGAAGAUCCGCUAUGAGUCCUUCCAGGACAACGUCCGAGAAAAGACCAACCCCAUUCAGGAGGAAACCCAGUUCAACUUCUUCCCAAGUGUCGUGGCCAAAAAGGAGGGUGAGGGAACAGUGAAGAAGGGAGCUGAAGGGGCACAGGUGAAGGGGGAGAUAGUUGAAGUCUGGGCGGCUGGAGAAAAGGUUGACAAAAACAACAGCAGCAGCUCUGCUGAGGUGACACCGAAUGUCAGUCCAGAGAGCAGCUACCUGUUUGACUUCAACAAUUCCACAGUGGACUCUGGAGAGUACAGCGAUGACAGCUCCUGUACUGGAUCCUCCCUUGACACCUGCCAGACCAAACAGAAACACUGCUUCCUCUCCAGGGAGAACUCCAGCUCCUCCAGCCAGCUGAGCUAUGGGCUGAGGUCCAAGAGGAAAGUCAGAUACAGCGACGACUAUCUGUACGACGUGGAUUCUAUCGAGAGCGAGAGGAACACAGAGAAAAAAGACAAGCAGACGGUGGGUACAAAAAAAGAGGAGGAUGACGACUGGUGUCCAAAGAAGAGGAGAAAAUCCUCACGAAAAGAGCCUCCGGUGAUAAUCAAAUACAUUAUCAUAAACCGAUUUAAAGGGGAGAAGCACAUGUUAUUAAAGCUUGGCAAAAUUGACACAUCAGAGACAACAGUAAGCUUAAGUAAGGACUUAGUUCAUAAGUACCAGAGAAUGGCUCCUCUGAAAGACUACUGGCAAAAGAGGCGCCAGGAAAUGCAGGAGCAGCGCAUGCUGGCUGCUGGUGAUAAAAACACAUUUCCAAAUGGCUGCAGGCGUUCCCUUAAUUCGAGCCUGACAAAAAGAAAAUACAGGAUUGCAAAUAGAGUCCGGAUUCAAAGAAUUCACGCUGUAAAGCUCUCGCCAAACCUCACCGAUCACAAGCAAGAGGUGGGCGCAGCUGAGGAUGAAGCUGCCUGUACAGAUAUGGAAUCUAUAACAACAACGACCUCUGACUGUGCUGCUAGAUUAGACCAAGGCAGUGUGACAGGAAAAAGCAGAUCGCUAGAGAGGGAGGGGAAAAGACUUGGGAAUAAGACUGUGCAAAUAAGGAAAUUUAAAAGCGAGGCCAGACUGAGGUUGAAAAAAAUGAACGAGGCUCAGCGGGAGGAUGGUAAAACUGUGAUACAGCCACAAGAGGUUGGCCCACUAUCCCCAAAUCAGCACCCUGACAUAGUUUACUCCACUGCAGGCAGCCCCCAGCUUUGUGAUGACUCCACUGUCAGUGUCAACCCCAAUGAAACGUCCCCUUUUACACCAGCCCCCUGCUCCCCUUCCAGUACAAUGACCCAUCCUGUAAAUGUGAAUAGUGGUCUACAUGUCAUCCCUGGAGGCUACCUGCAGACAUUACUAGAGGCCUCUGACUCAUCCAGUAACACUGGGCUGACAUAUUACUCACAGCAGCAUCAGCAGCAUCCCCGACAGCAGUUUCCUCAUGGCCUCUCCCAGGAGGAGAAUCCAUUCACUAACCUACAGCUGGCCCAGAGCUGUGUUCUAUCCCCACCCUCAGAGUCUGAGCUCCAACAAUCUCCCUCUAACUGCUCCAAUCAAAUGGAGCCAAACUUCACUCACACAUCAUGGCAGUCUGAAGGUAAACAUUUAUCAUUUACACCUGAUAUUAAACCUGAACCUUCUGGCUUUUCCAGCACCAUUUCUUUGCCAAUGACAAACAACUUGCCGUUGUCAGGAUAUAGUCAAGUCAAUGUAGAUGGCAACAGACUGCUGUAUGAUAAGGCAUAUUUACCUGAGGAGCCACCAGGACUAGACUCAGGCCUACAAGUCAGCCGGUCAGCUGAAGAGGAACAGGUGCAGUUCCAUAGAGUAACUCUAAACACAGAGAAUGGCAGGCUGGCCAGCUAUGACUCUAUGAGUUCACUGUCUGCCACCUCCAGCAACUACAGCUCUAUGAGUCUCAAGUCCUGUGAAAAGGAGAGUGAAGAGGAUGUGAACGAGAACUUCUUGGCCCACUGCAGUCCCAAACUGGUGAUCCAGCAAAGUACCGAUGAAAUCACUCCCCUCAGGGAGUCUACAGACCUACUGGACAUCUCCAACUUCACCCCCGAUAAGUUCAGGCACUCGCCGUUGUCAGAGAUGUCACCACCCGACACACCAAAUCUCUCCCCACAGGUGAUGGGGACGGAAAUGAGGGAAAGCCUAGGAAAGGCCAGGGAGUUUCAGGGAGAGACAGGAGACAAGACUCUCUCAGCUCCACCUGAUGGGACUAAGUGGGACUGUAAUGUCCUGCCAACACAAAACCAUGAUGGCAGAGCGAUAACCAAUCAUCAGUUCCAGUUCCAUACUUUCAAUGAUAAUGACGGCACAUGUAAGGUUGAUGGCCCCAACGUCUUUGAUGAGCAGCCCGAAUCCAUCGGAGGUCGAAUUAAAGGUCCCAAGUCAAAAAGGAAAACAACCAGUAAACAGAAAACCAAGGCUCCAAGGGCCCCCAAGACAGAGAAGAACAAAGCCCCUAGACAGAAUUCUAGUUCAUCCAAAAAGCUAAAAGCCCUGCUUGAUGCAAAGGCAAAUGCAAAAGGUGAAGAAAGUGAAGGCCUUGCUGGACUGUCAGAAGACUGGCCUUUACUGGAGGAGCAUGGUGGGGGCUGGACAGACGGCAACAACAACAGUCCUGUGGAUGACGACCAGCGAGAGUUUGAAGAGCCCUCCAACAUCCUGUCCAACAUAGCCUCUGGGAUGGCAGAGGUCCAGAGGUUUAUGAAGGUGUCAAUCGAGCCACUGUGGGACCCCAUGUCUGGACUCUGUCAGCCUCCAGAUGCCAACAGCCUUAAAACUAAGACACUUAAAAUCCUGGCGGGAACAACAGCUAAUGUCAGGAAAAAGGGUGGUUAUACCACCUCCCCUGUGGCAGGAAGGGGCAGGAAGGCAACGGGCACGGGAGCCAAAAACCAAGCCAAGUUAAGUCCUUCAAACCCCUUCUUCCCCCCUCUCAUGCUGGACUGCAACAUGUUUAACAAGUCCAGCCUCGGUAUACCUGGCAUCUGUGGGCCCGCACACAAGAAAAUGUACCGUCACAAAACCGGUGCAAAAUUUGCUCGAGACGAAAACAAUACAGGGAAGCGGGACUCGAGCAAGAACGUAGCUCUGAUGGCCUCUUAUGAGAAACUGAGGUAAUAUUUUGUACCGGUGGCUGCAAAAUAUGUCCCACUCACUCUAUUUCCUCCUGCCCCUUGCUCAGUUCCCUGGGUUCCCUUACUGCUCUCCCUUUUUGACUUAAAUCCAAGUGUUGCAUGGCAAAGACAUUAACCUUGACUACCCCACCUGCUUAUUUUACCCUAAAUAGAGCCGAAAUAACUUGCAUGUAAGAUUUGAUUUGUUCCUGAGAAGCUACCUAUUGAGUGAUUGAUUGUCUUCAGCUUGACUGGGUUUUCAAACUACCGUGGCUCCAUUUUGUUUCUGACUGCUGCUUGAUUCACCUUUCUUGGUCUUUAGAUUGUUUUGUUUUUUGUUACUUUAGAUUUGACUUUUGUAUAAUAAGAAAGAUUGCCUUGAAACUGCUUUGAAACUGCUUUGAAAAUAUUUUUUGGUGAUACUUAGUGGUUUGCUUUGUGUUUUUAUUUCUCCAUUUCAGCAGAACAGCUUGCCCCAUCUUAAUAAUGUCAAAAUUCUGUAUGUGGCUCUCCACAAAAUAAAAUCCCAGUUCAAAGGUUGUCCGUCCUUACAUUCAGACAGUGGUUUUCUUCAGUGUAAGAAGAGAGAGUGGAGUGAGUCAUAAGUGAACAGUUACAGUAGGCCUAUCCUAUCAUUACUGAUAUCACCCUGCCAUUCCAGUUGUGGAUGUUUCGCUGGUGUUGGAGAACUGUAUCACUGUUCUGCUGGGAAACAGACUUUUCAGAAUUAAAAAAGGGACUCUUUUUGUAUUAACAAUAAGACAAAUUUAUCAAACUGUCCUAAUUGUAUUAAUAUCUUUAAAUGGUAUUAUUUGUCAUUGGCUUAUUGCCAUGGUUUGGGGAGAGUUGGUGGGAGGGUAAGUGGAGUAAGUACCCAAAAUUGCAAUUUGUUAAUGCUAUUGUACAGAGACAUAUGCACUAUUUGCAGAAUAUGACAAUAAUUAUAAUGUUGAAAAUGGAAUUAAUGUGCCAAACGUUGAUCAAGUACCUGUAUAAACAUUUUCUAUCUGUAUGUAUAUUGGCUGUUUCAUGUUCUUUUUGUUACGGUUGUGCGGUGGGGGUUCUGGACUAUGGUGGCCGGUCGACAUUCCAGAGAUCUUACACUUGGGAUCUAUUCCGUUUGCCAAGCACCUGCAGCUGACAGUGAUACACAUUUGACCAAAAUGCAAAUGACUGUCUUUUCUUUCAUACAUUCUUCUGAAAUGAUUACCAUCUGAACUCAAAAUCAACAGCCAGCAUGGAGAUACAGAGAAGGGGAUUAAAUAUGCUCUAACAGGUUAAUUAAAUCGAGAUCAUCGGACGACAAGGUUCUAUCUGCAUUUUUGUCAAAAUGUAGUUAUUGGCAUAGCCUUGAUCUGUUCAAUGUUCUCUACCUGUAUAGCACUGUAAAUACACCAAUUCAUGUUGUUAACUUCAAAAGAAUAGAAGAUAAACAUUGCAGACACCAUUGAAACCAAUGAGGGUUCGGAAAUUUAAAGCCAAUUAUCUCAGAAUCAUAUUUUUGCAGAUAGAACCUUAUAGUCCCAAGCGCUCAAAAGGUUUGCAUUUGUACUAUACUCAAGAUUAGCACACAGAUUAAUGUAAUCUCAUGCAUUCACCUACCACUGCACCAACAUGGAGCUCUAUAUUAGAUUUCUACAAUUUAUUUCAAUUGACAUAUAUUGAUAUUAUCCAUCAGAGCUCAUUAUUUAUUGUGAAGACCUUUGUCUCUCGCAACCCCCCUUCCCUCCAUCUUCUCCAGGUUGCCAGGCUAGUCAUUUAGAUGUGGGAUCACGACAAGUGUCACCACCAGGUGAUGUGGAGUAGACUGCCUUAUAUCAUCCCUGCCCAUUGUCAAUUGAAUGUACUGUACUUCCUCUCCAACAAGAGUUGUAUAUGAUGUACCACUGUUGAGCUGCCUCGGAAAGGUGCUUGAAAGCAAAUUCAUUUACAGGUAAUUGAAAAAAGGAUGAAGAAAUCCUCUGUGCCCUAUUUAUGAAUGUAUUAGAUACUGUUAUGUUUGAUGUAGCCUAAUUCUGCCAUGAUUUUGACAUUAAUUGAAAUUAUGUUUUGCCUUUUUUUUGUUGAAAAGAAUAUUGAGCUUUAUAAAUAUCGUCAGAGUUGUUGUCAGAGGGAUUCCAGAAGAACUCUUGACGUCCUCGAUGAAUCUUGUAUAUUUUUCAGUGUGCCGAUUUGUAAAAUAUUUUCUAAGUGUAUAUUUUUCUUAGAAAGUGCUGUGAAGUAUUUGUGAGUGUGGAUACUCUUUUUUCACCUUUACAGGCAGUGAAAGGGAUGCAUAAUGACAUGCCUCUGGUUUUAAAAACCAAAAUAACAAACAUGACAACAAAAAAACUCCAAAAAAGAAGAGGGUAAAACACUGGGAAAAAAGUUGUAACAUUUUAUUGGAAGUUUUGUAAUCAGACCAAUCUUGUUGUGGGAGUGUAGUGCUACUGUGUAAAAAGUAUGAUAAAACAAAAAGAAAAACUGAAAUAAAGACAUGUUUGUGAUUUUAUUGCUGUUUUAUAGAUUUUCAUGUAAAUCAUUCUAGUAUUAUUUUGUUUUGUUGUAACUGUUGCAAAGGUUUAAAUAUUUGUGGACAAGCCUGUAUGGUGACAAUGUAAUAUUGGUAACUUGCUGAGUUUUGUAAUAAUGUUUAUGGAAUAAAUAUAAAAUAAAAAUUAGCUUUUGAUUGCUGCUUUCA